AUGUGUUUGUUUGUCAGAGAUGCUGCUGCUCAGCAAGCUCACGUUCCACCCUUCCCCGCCCUCUAUCUCUAUCCACUAAACGACUCUUUCAUCCCCAAACACAUCAGUCUCCUCAACAAUCAGCGCGUCAAGAUCGGACGACAGACCAAUGCCAAGACCGUCCCCGGCGAGCGCAACGGCUACUUUGAUUCAAAGGUUCUCUCGCGUCAGCACGCAGAGGUGUGGGAGGAGAAUGGCAAAAUAUUCAUCAAGGAUGUCAAGAGUUCGAAUGGUACCUUCAUAAACGGCGAACGUCUGUCUGCAGAGGGGGUCGAAUCAGACCCCUAUGAACUUAAAACAGACGACAUUGUGGAAUUUGGUAUCGAUAUUGUUGGAGAAGACAACAAGACGAUUAUCCACCACAAAGUCGCGGCACGCGUGACGUGUAUAUUCAACGUCGAAGAUGCCCUUGCCGCCCAGCGCGAGGCUUAUAACUUCACUCAGCAACAAAAUCAACAGGGUGCUGGUGGUCCAGGGAAUGCUCUCGGCGCAGCUGCUCACAAGCGGCCUAUGCUGCAGCCUCAGUCGAAUGGCAUGGGAAUCAUGGGAGGGAUGGGCGGAGGUGCCCGGCAACCGGGUCGGAACGGCCUCACGUUCGACCAUAUCCUUCAACGGCUCUCCGGCGAGCUGCAGAAGAGCCGUGAGACGGGUGCGGAACUCGGUGCAGUCGCGGGCGCUAUGGGUGAGAUAGAGAACGUCAUGGGUGGUGGACAGCCGCCAAAUCUUCCCCCCUAUCCUCAUGUCCUGCCCCCUGUCCGCCCACCUUCGCAGCAGCCGCAGCAACAACAACAGCAACAGCAGCAACAACAACAACAGAGCGACUCUGCACCAUCGUCUGCUGCACUUCAGGCUCUCCAAAGUCAGCUUGCCGAGACGCAGGCAUCGUUGUCCUCCCAUGUUGAUAAAGUUCGCACGCUCGAGACUCUGCUAAGUGAUCAUGAAAACAUAAAAAGAGAUGUAAACGCGUUGAGGGAUUUGAUUGAAGAACAGCGUCAGCGCCAGCGGAUGUCUUCGCAACGGAUGCAUGGGCAUGUAGAUGAUGACGAAGAUGAUGAAGACGAUAGGAGGAGUGUACAUACCAUUGUUCCGCACGAGCUGGAAUCGGUGCCGGAAGAAGACGAGACGGAGAUGGAGGAGAGCGAAGAAGAACGCAGUGCACGACGAGAGGAGCUCGGUCGUCCACGGACGCCAGAACCGACGUCGCUGGGCAUGCGCGAUGAGGAUUACGAACGAGAUCACCGCAGGUCAGGUCCUGCUCAACCUCCUGGUAUCCCAGAUGAAAUGAGCCGUCGCCUUGCCUACCUAUCUGACCAACUGGAGUCUGCCCUUGAGAUGUCCCGUAACCUCCAAGAACAGCACUCCGCAGCCCAGCAGACAAUUGAAUCCCUCGAAAAUAAAGUGAACUCGCUGGAGGAGCUUGUUCGACAGACCCAGUCAUCGCAAGCUACUCAGAGUGCUCGACAGGCAGAGGAAGCUGUAUCUAGGGAGAAAGCGCAGGAAGCGAGCAUGGUGUCGAUGUUCGCGGAGUUCCGCAAGACCAUUGAAGAUCGUUGGGAGAAUGCGAAGAGUGAAUGGGAGUCGGAGCGCGAACGAAUGGAAACAGCACGAGCAGACUGGGAAGGGAGGGUUCGCAGCAUUGAGGAAGGUGUCACCACUGCAACAAAUAACUUCGAGAAAGGGAUUACCGGACUUGCAAAUCAACUGGCUGGUAUUAAACAGAAUGGGUACAUCACCAUGCCGAACAAGCACACGGGCGGGCUUGUGACGCCACCGUCUCCGCGCAGCCUGUCAGACGCAGACUCGGAUUCGGAUCGUCCCCUGAAAGAGAAGAUGGCUCCAAAGGGUCGUAAACGGUCACGCUCACAUCGUGGGCGGGUAACAAAGGGGUCAUCACGUAGCCGUAGUCCUGCAACUUCGACCAGCGCAACGCUUGUGGAUGGCAUUAGUGCUCCAGGGACAGACUCGUCAGUCGGGAGCCUACGGUCGCGUCGUUCAUCGACCGAUUCGCCAUCUGCUGUUCGAGGAAGCGGCUCUGAGGCAUGCGGUGACCCAGAAGCGAUUCCGCUCGCGCUAGACAUGGCUAAGUUUAAUACUCGCAACCAGCAAUUCCCUCCUACUCCAGAAUCAUCUGUACACAUUGACGAGACGGCACAAUCGGUGAUGAAAGGCUUCCAGCAGUCGAACAACAAUCUACAAGUCGCGUUAGGCGUCUUCGUACUAGGAUUUGCGACUGCUGCUGUCUUAUGGCGAGUAAAAGAGUAGUGACGCGCCCUCUUAAUCAAAUGAAGCUUUUCUUCAACGCACCGAAUUCCAAGCCAGACAAGACAAAUUCGCAUUGCAUAGGAAAAGGGACACGGAAAGAUAAUUGAUAAAAAUUCCCAUUGUCUCUGCUGCUUCAAGUAUUUAUUCCGCACUCGCCACAUUACUUUAUCGACGCCUCGCAAUAUCUCAUCGCUUACUUUUGCGCUUGCAGUUUCUCUUCUCUUCCAAACUUUGGAUCCAAUGUUUUAUAGUUGCACCCUGUUCCGGUGCUGGCACACUCCUUCGUGUUUAUUUCUUCUCUUCCUUUUCUGUCUUGCACUUUCAGCACAAUUUUCGCUCUGCAAGUUCAAUACAUACCGAUCAUACAAGCAAGCACAUCCUUCUCUCUUUCACUCCGCAUAACGUAUUGGCCGGAUAACUAUAGCUAUAUUACCAUUACCCACUUUUCAUCUUCUCGCCUCGUCAAUUGUGGUUCACUUUGGACCUCCUCGCUCGUCUAUGCAGGUUCCUCAUCCGAACUUCAUCAUCAUAGGUAUUUUUUCUUCUCUUCUUUUUGUCAGGCUCGUUUGUUUUUUGUGCUUACUUAUGCCCUGGCUUCCUCUUCC